AUGAAACGGUCGAUUGUGGUGUUAAGGUAAGGCUUUUUGAUUGUCUUUUUGUUUCUUAAGGUUUUGACGAUAUUUUUGAAGGAUUUUAUGAUUGGUAUGGGUUUGAAAAUGGCGAGUUUUGGGCGAAAAAAGGGCUGAAUGCUUGAUCAACGCUACUUUUUUUGAGAAAUAGAGGUUUGAAGGGCCAAAAACUGAUGAUAGACGACAAGAACUUUAAAAAUAAAGCUUCAGUUUUAAAUAUCUUGCUCUUCUUAACUUGUUUCAUCUUUUUCAAAAGUAUUUUCGAUCCACAAUCGACCAAAAACCCUGUUUUCCGGGCUACAAACACAAAAGUUGCGAGUUUACGACGGAACCAUCCAGUGUUUUGCCUUUCGGGUCCGGUCCGGUCCGGACGGUCCGGAUUUUUGAAUUUAUUUUUCCCGCCAAACGCAUAUCUUGAAAACUAUGAUAGAUAUCAAAAAACUAACAGCAUCUAGAAGGGUCAGCACCAUUUCAAAUAGGGGGUAGAAAAAUUUUUAGACCGAUUCGACCGGUAGAAAAAAAGCGCGGGAAAACAAAAUUCAAAUUCCGGACUCCCGCAUUGGGUCCGGUCCGGUCCGGGAAGAACUCUGGAACCAUCUGACCAGACGCAACGUGAAAGUUCGUUUUAUUGAUAAGAUUCUCUUUUUGUUUCUGCUUUGUUAUCAUUGCAAAAGAAGGCCGAUUGACUGGAAAUCAAUCUUACCCACAAAAGUCGUUGACAAAAAGACUAAACAUUAAUUGGGAAGGCUAAAUAACUAUAUUUCCUUGUUGUUGGUUGUCUAAACCAUCUUUUUUUGGAGGUUUUGAUCUUUCUUGAUAGAAAAGAUUGUUUUUUAUAGCUUCUAAAAUACCUUGAUCUAAAACUACUAUAAUUUCUAAAGUUUUUGAUUAAAAGCAUCAAGUUUUGACUAAAAGUAUCAAAGAACCUACUAUAAGGUCAUAUCUUGAAGUAAUUAAGGCCUAAUAUCACAGUUUUGGCUAGCCAAAAAUGCAAAAAUCAGCAGUAUUGGCUAGGAAUGGACUAGUCAAAGGUAGUGGGCUUCUAAAAGUUUGGAAUUUAAGGCAGAAUGCGUGUCGACUGGUCAAUUAUGAUUGUUUCGCCGACCGGCACAUAGGUCCUUCUGAAUUGGAAAAACAGCAGUUACUUCACUUUCUUGGAUUUAAAGUGAGUUUUAAAUGUUAUGUGUCGUGAUUAUAGCAUUUUAAAGAUUUUUAAAAAAUCUUCGAAAAAUGUUGAAAAAAAAAUUUUUUUUUACUUUUAAAUUUUGAAUUUUUUUCGUAAAACGCUAAAAAUCAAAAUUUCAGGACCUAGACCAACUAACAAGCACCAACGUACCAGAUGCUAUAGCUUUGAAAAGGAAUCUAGAGCUACCUCAACCUUUGGACGAAUGGCGUAUGUUGACGGUGCUUCGGUCGAUAGCGGCCAAAAACGAGGUUUACCGGUCGUAUAUUGGAAUGGGCUUUCAUGAUUGUAUUGUGCCUGGUGUUAUUAUUAGAAAUAUGUUGCAAAAUGCUGGGUGGAUCACUAGGUAUGGAAGUUUUUUGCUAAUUUUUUGCGAUUUUUGGUAGUUUUUUGGGCAUUUCGCUUUGAUGCGAAAAGAAUGGCGCGUUUUAUGUUGGAUUUUUAUGGCUUUUGUGUCAUUUUUAAUGGUGCAUGUUUGUGUGUUAAAAUUUUGGUUGAAAAAUGGCAUUAACAUGGGGUAUUUUGGUAUUAUUCUAGUUUUUAUCCGAUUUUUGGCAAUUUUUUUGAUAUUUUUCUUUGAUGCGAAAAGAAUGGCGCGUUUAAAAGUGUCAAUUUUAUAGAAAAUGAUGGCACGUUUUAUGCUACAACUUAUCUAUAGAACGUUUUUGUCAAAAAAUGUCAUUAACAUUGACUUUUACGAAAUUAUUUUAGUUACACUCCAUAUCAGCCAGAGAUAUCACAAGGUCGAUUGGAGUCUUUGUUGAACUUUCAAACCAUGAUAUCCGAUUUGACUGGUCUAGACGUGGCGAAUGCUUCGCUAUUGGACGAAUCUAGUGCUUGUGCCGAAGCAAUGACAUUGUCGUGCAGAGCUACGAAGAGAAAUGUUGUACUAUACGAUCCACAUCUGCAUCCACAGAACAUUGCUGUGCUACAGACGAGGGCAAAGUAAGGAUAAGGGUUGGGUGGGGUGGGGUAGGGUAGGGUGGGGUGGGGUAGGGUACGGUAGAGUAAGAUAAGGUAAGGUAUUGUAAGGUACGGUAGAAUAGGAUACUGUAGAGUACUAUAUAUCAAAGUAUGGUUAAUACUCCUCAAUUUCUACCCAAUUUCAGACCACUAGACAUCAAACUAGAACCUUUGGAUGUAAAGAACGUCAAUAUCACCCGAGACAUAGCUGGUAUUAUCAUACAGUAUCCGAAUACAGAAGGCUUGAUUUAUGAAAAUAUCGAAUCAAUAGUGGAAUUGGCACAUGAAAGUGGGGUAAGUUGAUUAAAAUUGCAAGAACUUUCUUUACAAACAAAAAAUGGCAAGAACUUUCUUUACAAAACAAAAAAUGGCACGAACUUUGUUUACAAAGCAAAAAAUUUAUAAUUUGUUACCUAAAAUACUAAAAAAACCUUGUUUUGAUCUAAUUUGUUACCUAAAAUACGAAAAAAUUCAAUUUUCAGGCUUUAGUUACCAUGGCAUGCGACCCCUUAUCACUAUGUCUCCUGAGAUCUCCUGGUGAUCUAAAAGCUGACAUAGCCGUCGGCAAUGCCCAACGAUUUGGAAUUCCCUUAGGCUAUGGCGGUCCACAUCCAGCAUUCAUGUCUGUGGCCAAAACUGACAACAGAAAUUCAUUGGCCAGACUCAUGCCUGGUCGACUGGUUGGUAUUAGUAGGUAAGGGUGUUUAGUAUGAUGCUGAGGAAUUUCAGCACGAUACUAUAAAAUUACAGUACGAUACUCAACAUUUUCAAUACGAUAUUGUAAAAAUUUUAGCACGUUAGUAUAAAGUUACAGUACGACACUAUAAAACUACAGUACUAUACUGAAGUUUUUGUUUACGAUACUGAGAACUCAGAGUACGAUAAUGUAAAAUUACAGUACGAUACUAGGAAGUUUUCAGUACGAUACUGAAAACUCAUUGUUCGAUAAUAUAAAAUUACAGUACAAUACUGAAAUUUCUUAGUACGAUAUGCAAAAAUUUUAGCACUAUAUUUAGUACGGUUCUGAAAAGUUUGUGUACGGUGUUGAAAAUGACAGCACGAUACUAAAACAUUUUCAUUUUAAAUUGAAGACUUACAGUAACAUACUAUAAACUCACAGUACGAUACUAAAAAAUUUUAGUACGGUACUGAAGAAUCAGAGCACGACGCUGAGAAACGUCAGUACGGUAUUAAAAAACGUCAUUUAAAAAAAAUUUUAAAAUUUUAAAAUACAGUACGAUACUAAAACGAACAACUUUAGAGACGCCGAAGGUAAUCCGGCGUAUCGUUUGGCGCUACAAACCAGAGAACAGCACAUUCGAAGAGACAAGGCCACAUCCAAUAUCUGCACGGCUCAAGCACUGUUAGCCAACAUGGCUGCAAUGUACACAAUCUAUCAUGGGCCGGGUCGAUUGGCUUCCAUUGCUAGGACUAUUCACAAAUCAACCGCUCAUCUGGCUAAUCGUAAGGCUUUUUAGGGGGGGGGGAUGGUUAGUAUAGAAACUAAUGGUAAUGGGAUAGUACUGGGGUUAGUGCUAAUUUUAUUACUCUAACUAUACUGAGUUAAGUAGUACUGUUUAUAGUACGUUUCUUACUAGAAUAAUAUCAGUCGUUGUACUGGAAUAGCAAUGAUUUUGGUACUCUGAUAGUACUGGCUUGAGUACUUUUCUUAAUACUGUCACUAUACUGUCUUGGGUGCUGCGUAAGUACGUUUGGUAUUUAGAUAUUACUUGGCUUGGUACUGGAUUGGUAAUACAAAUUACAAUACUACGUUAAGUGGUACUCUUUAUAUUGAAUUCGGUACUAAGAUAGUAUCAAUGGUAGUACUGGAAAAUCAUUGGUCAAGGUAUUUGGAUAGUAUUGCUUUUGGCACUGUAUUAAAAAUUUUUGAAAAAGGUUGAACGUGGUCCCCCCCCCCUUGAUUUUUUCGACCCCGCCCCCAGACCAAAAGUCCCGCCCCUGCUAAUACUGUACUGAGUUAAGUUUUACUGUUUAUAGUAUAUUACGUGAUCGGGUAGUAUUAUUGGUAGUACUGCAAUAGCACUAGCAUGCUACUUGCAGUUUUUCAUUUUACAUUGUUAUAGAUCUACGUGAGAACGGAGUGGAAAUCGCCCACGAAAACUACUUUGACACAUUGAAAUGUAAACCCAAAAACCUGACCGACUUCAAAGUGAGAGCAGAAGAGAAGAAGAUCAAUGUGAGGUACUUCGAACAAGGAUGGGUGGGAGUGUCAUUGGAUGAAACUGUCGUACCAGAAGAUCUACAUGACCUGUUGUAUCUGUUCAACAUCACUGUCACUACUGUAGGUGCUUUUUUGAAAUUAAAAAUGUGAGAAACAAUAGGGUUGCUGGAUAGGGGUAAGAGUAACUUAAAGAUAGGGUAGAGAAAGGUAGGGUAGGGUAUGGUAGAGUAAGGUGGAUUGACUAGGGACAUACGGUAGGUUUUAGCACGGUAGGAUAGAUGGAUUUAGAGUUCUGAAAGGUAUGGUGUGGUUAUUACGAUAGAGUAAGGGGGUUACUGUAAAAUAGGUUAGAACACUGGGGGUUAGGGUAGGGUAGGGAAAAAUACGGUAGUAUAGGUCAGGGCAUGAUAGGAUAGGAUAGGAUAAAGUAGAGUAGGGUACAGUAGGGUAGGGUAAGGUAGGGUAGGAUAGGAUAGAGUUGGGUAGGGUAGGGUAGGGUAGGGUAGGGUAGGGUAGGGUUGGGUAGGGUAGGGUAGGGUAGGGUAGGGUAGGGUAGGGUAGGGUAGGGUAAUGUAGCGUAUGGUAGGGUAGAGUGGGGUGUGGCAGAGUAUGGUAGGGUACGAUAUAGAGCAAUAGUAAGGAAAAUAAGCUAAUAUAACGAGAAACUGCUAUUUCAGGACUGUAUCCAAACUCACAUCCACGAAACACCAUCACCUUUAAUUGGCAACUCGGAGCACGCUCGUCGUUCCAGCUUCCUCCAACAUCCAGUCUUCAAUAGUCAUCACAGUGAAGCCCAACUGGUACGAUACAUCAAGCGUCUGGAGAACAAGGACGUCUCAUUGGUACACUCAAUGAUACCACUCGGAUCAUGUACCAUGAAGCUGAAUGCUAGUGCCGAGCUAGCACCAAUAACAUGGCCAAAGUUCUCGAACAUUCACCCAUUUGCACCAUUGGACCAGACGAAGGGGUACGCUCAGGUCUUUAACGAUCUGGAACGAUGGCUCUGUGAACUAACUGGCUAUGACAACUUUAGUCUUCAACCGAACAGUGGCGCCAAUGGAGAAUAUGCAGGACUGUUGGCGAUCAGAGGAUACCAUGAGAGUAUCGAUCAGGCUCAGAGGAAUGUAAGAUAAUAUAUUACACGAUGUUAUAGUAUAAGACAAUACGGGGUGACAUAUGGCAUAAAAUGGUACUAAAAUGCGUUUUAUUGAUUAGAAUGAUACUAAAGAGAUAAGAAUGGUACUAAAAUGAAGAUUAGGGGUAAUAUAAAAUGAAUUUUUAGGAUAAGAAUGGCUCGAAAAUGAAGGUUAGGGAUAUGAAUGGUACCGAAAUGAAGUUUAAGGGUUAGGGUGGUACUAAGAAGAAGUUAUGGUACUAAAGUGAAAUUUAGGGAUACGAAUGGUACUAAAAUGAAUUUUAAGUAUAAAAAUGGUAUCAAAAUGAAAUUUAAUGUUAAGAAUUAUACGAAAAUUACGUGUAGAGAUAAUAAUGGUACUAUAUUGAAGUUUAAGAAUGGUAGAAUAAAAUGACAACAAAAUGCUUUUCUAGGUUUAAAUUCGUACCAAAAUCAGUUGUAAGCUUAAGAAUGGUACUAAAAUGCAUUUUUAAACUAAAAAUAGUUUGAAUAUGGAUUCUUAAAUUUCAGGCGGUUUUACAAUGAAUUUAAAAAUAAAUUUUUUAGUUCUAAUAGUACUCCUAUCUCUACUUUUACUCUUCUUCUUGCUUUUAUCUUUACUUUACCUCUUAUCCUCAUCUUAUCUCUAUCUUAAACACUAUUUUUUGAAUCUAGGCUUAUAAAUGAUUCUCAUUUUAGAUCUGCCUAAUCCCAAUGUCGGCCCACGGCACCAAUCCGGCCUCAGCCCAACUAGCCGGCUUUAAAGUUCAAGUGGUCGAGUCGGACAAACACGGCAACAUCAACUACAAGGAUUUGGCGGCCAAAGUCGAGAAAUACAAGGAUCAACUAGCUGCCAUCAUGGUGACAUACCCAUCAACUCAUGGCGUGUUUGAGUCAUCUAUCAUUGAUGUCUGCAACAAAAUCCACGAGAAUGGAGGACAAGUCUACCUGGAUGGUGCCAACUUUAACGCUCAAGUUGGAUUGUGCAGACCCGGAGACUACGGUAGCGAUGUGUCACAUCUGAAUCUGCACAAGACAUUCUGUAUUCCACAUGGUGGUGGAGGUCCUGGCGCUGGUCCGAUUGGCGUGAAAUGUAGGGUUUGAUGUUGUAGUAGGCAGAGACUUAGCUUGGGGGAAGAGAGGGGUGAAUGGGGGUGGAUCUACUAAUAAAACGUUUAGAAUGAGGAGUUGUUUGACGGCAUGGUAGGGCAAGAAUUAGGGCUAUGGCAAGGACGUUGCUACAGAUUUUUUCUUUGGGGUGGGGGAAUGAAGGUAAAAAGUUUUAAAGCAGGGUAUGGGUGCUGCUGGGGUAGGAAAGGUUAAGGUAGGAUAGUUGAGAUUAAUGGGUAGGAUAAGGUAGGGCAGGGUAGGGUAGUGUAGGGUACUGUAGGUUAGGGUAAGGUAGCUUAUGUUAGGGUAGGGCAAACCAACUAAUCAUCAUACUUUUCAGCCCACCUAGCUCCAUUCCUUCCAGGAAACCCAGUGAUUCCGGUCAACGGUAACAACAAAGGAGCAGUAGCAGCUACACCGUGGGGCUCUUCAAGCAUCUUAACUAUCACAUGGGCCUAUAUCAGACUAAUGGGAGCUCAAGGCCUAAGAGAAGCGUCUCAAGUCUCCAUUCUGAAUGCUAACUAUAUGGCCAAACGGCUGGAAGAAGGCGGCUACAGGGUGGUGUACAAAGAUGAACAAGGUCUGAAUGCUCACGAGUUCAUAAUCGACUGUAAACCCUUCAAGAAAGCGGCCGGCGUCGACGUGACGGACAUUGCGAAAAGACUAAUGGAUUACGGCUUCCACGCCCCAACCAUGGCGUGGCCUGUACACGAUUGUCUGAUGAUCGAACCCACGGAAAGUGAAGAUAAGGCAGAGAUGGACAGGUUCAUCGACUCCAUGAUUCAGAUCAAAGCAGAGAUUGAGAAGAUCGUGGAAGGAGAGGCGGAACGGGAUUGUAACCCUUUGAAGGUAGGGCUUUUUUAAAAAUUUUUGGGGGUUUGAUUAUAGAGUAGUGUAAGGCAUUGUCAGGGUUGGUUAGGGUAAGGAUAGUGUAGGAGAGAUAAAACAGGCCAUGUCAUAGUAAGGUAUGAGUAUGAAAGGGUAGCAUAAUGAAAGAUUAAAGGUACGACACGGUAGUAAAUGUUUCAGUUAGAAGUACGUUAAGGCUAGGAAAGGAUAAAGUAGGGUUAUGGUAAUUGUAGCGUAGCAUUUGACAAAACUCUACCCUAUCCUAUCGAUAUUGUAGUAGACAGCGAUGUAGCUAAAAGAGAAGGGUGAAUGAGGAAAGGGUGGAUUGAACGUGCUUCCUGGGUCGUUUCGGCUUGCGGUUUGUCUUCUGCAAGGUAUGGAUACGGCGAGAGUAGAGGCUAUUUAAGUAUAGUGAGUAGGAUAAGGUAGGGUAAGGUGGGUAGGGUAGAGUAGGGUAGGGUAGGGUAGGGUAGGGUAGGGUAGGGUAGGGUAGGGUAGGGUAGGGUAGGGUAGGGUAGGGUAGGGUAGGGUAGGGUAGGGUAGGGUAAGGUGGGUAUGGUAGGGUAGGGUGGGUUAGGCCAGGGUAGGGUAGGGCAGGGUUGGGUAGGGCAGGACACGGCAGGGUAGGGCAGGGUAGGGUUGGGUAUAAUAGGGUAGGGAAGGAAGAGGUACAAUACAGUACUGACGGUUUUUUUUUUGUUUUAAUUUAAAAAAUUAAAAUUUCAGAUGGCUCCACACACCCUUCGAACAGUCACCGCUUCCGAAUGGGAACGACCGUACACUCGCGAGGAAGCCGCCUUCCCAAAACCAUGGUGUCAUCACAAGGUAUGGCCAUCCGUAGCCAGAAUCGAUGAUCAAUAUGGAGAUAGGAAUCUGGUCUGCUCAUGCCCACCAUUAGACACCUACACUAACUAA